ACACAACAUGCAAGCUGGUGAGGGAAGCAACACAGACCUCACUCCUCACAGAUCACAUGUAUGGGUCUGACUCUGGUUUGGAGGAGUUGUCUGCCUCCCAGUUUCUUCAUGUAGAAGCCCCUUGAGAAGCUGGCAUGCCCUUGAGAAUGUUUAAAAAAAAUUCAGUAACUUCCUCAACAGAGCUGAUACAAAAGAUCAAGGGACUUGAUGCACCUGUGAUAAAAUACAGCAGUUGGACAAAGGAUUGAGGAUCACAGUGAUGGUGAAAUGCUGUACUUAGGUAUGCAAUGUGUUAUUUCAACAUUUCUGUGCAAUUCUAGAACUGACCAGAGACAUAGAUGUGGAUUGGGAGACAAACCCUCCCAAACCGUGUUGACAUAAGCUCUGGGCAAGUCUGGGGAGUCAAUGCAUUUGUGACAAGACAAAAAAAGUAUAGCCUGGGACACUCUCUCUGGAGUUUGAGAAAACAAACUCUCCUUCCUAUCCAUGAAUUCAUCUCAGUGCCAUGAGUAAUUGCGCAGUGAGGGGGAGGAAAGAACAUUUACACUUAUAAGCAAACCUCCAGAAAUCUUUUAAGAAAAAUCACCUGUAGGGAAAAUGAAACUGAAAAAAAAAAGUAGCUGGAAAAAAGCAAACCAGAACUCUAAAAGGAAGGAUAUCAUAUUAAAAUCAUAAAGUUUUCCAGCUGAGAAAUAGAAAAUGGACAUUUUUCAUUAAAAACCCUGACUCUUUGAGGUGCUGAUUUUUAAGUUUCUUCCUUUAAACAAAGCAUUACAACUCUACUAAAUGAGUCCAAAAUAAAAUAAGUCUGAGUAAAGAGGAAAAGCUGGCCAGACUGGAUGUCCUAGGCAUUGCCCUGUGAAAAUAAUUUUGCACCUGCUGAGAGCUUUGCAUGGAGAUGUAAUUAUAACACAGUACUUCACCCAUGUUCUCUAAAACUAAGCUCAAAAGUGUCAAGAAGCAGAUUUUAAGGAGAAUGAAACCAGGCAGUUUCCCAUUUCAUCAAUGGUCACUUUCAUUUAUAGGGCAAUACAGUAACUGUUUAAACUCAGGUGUCAUACCUGAGAGACCUUAUGGAGUUACUGCACCUAGGAAAUGGCAAGCAGUUGUCCUCCCUGUAUGAGCAGUAUUGUGUGGAGUGGUAUCUUAAGUAGACAGACAGGUUAAAGACAGGGAGUCUUAUUUCCAGUUACGCUUUUUAAAGCACAUAGCAGCAACAUAAACAUGUGUUAAUAUUUAAUGCUAUGCAUGUCAUAUUCUAAAAUACUUUUUGUGGAAGCCUAUGCAAAAAAAAUAUGGAACUGUGAGCCAGAACGUGUAUAGUGUCAUUCAGAAUAAGACUGCAUGGUAUACACUUAUUUAAAUAUAAUCCAUUACAUUUUUGCCAUUGUCUUUCUUCCCUACCCUAAUUAAUUACCUAUCUCCUGCUUUUACUCCAAAACACUUGCUUAAUAGAGGACAAACAAUCUUAGUUUUGUUAAGCAAAGAAAACCUCCUUUUCUUUAUGCUGAGUCACAUAAAGUUCAACAUAAUCUCUUCAGAGAAUGGGAAAAUAACAGUUUCUGGGAGCCAAGUAUGGAUAUAUAGAGGCCAGCAGAUAACUGUGUGAAUCUUAAAAUGCAUUCAGAACACACUUCUCUGAGAGCAGUAAAAAAAAAAAAAAAAAAAAAAAAAAAAAAAAAAAAAAAGAACACAUCAUAUCCCCUAAAUUACCUCUGAGCUGUUUGCAUAAAGGGUUCAGAGGCAGUACACUAUAAGUACAGAGACGUGAGCUGUGCAGAGAGCACACAGCAACGCUUCUGUUGGAUACUCCAUGUGCCUGCAGCAAAAGGGCAACUGAAGCUCAGGUGCACAAAUAGCUCUAAAGGACUUGGCAGAUGCAUCAAGCAAAAAUCUGAAACUACAAAUCAGUUGCAGGAACCCCUGUCCCACAAUGUCAUCCAUCCAGCUGCCACUGCUACUCCUCUGCUUGACCUCGUGUGGUGUUUGCUUCAACGGGGGACAUCUCCUUCCAGAGGAGAGUGAGAACAUGGGAAAAGUUCCCCUGGAUGACACCCUUCAAAGAUCUGAAAGCCUCAUUCUUCAGUCUGUCCUCAAGAAAGCUGAAAAGGAAGAAGAGAUUAAUAAAGAAUUGAAUGCCCCUCUGCUACAACGGCUUUCCAAAAGACAACACCCUGGGGAAAAGUACCUAAAUAACCUGAAGAAGAGACAGCAUCCUGGAAAAAGAGAUGUUGAGGAAGAGACAUUUUAUGGAGACAUUCAGAAGAGGCAGCAUCCAGGAAAAAGGGAGAUGGAAGAUGACCUUGAUGUCUAUCUGGAGCUGAAAAGGCAACAGCCUCCCGGCAUAAAGUCACUGUUGGAUCAGUUUGCAUACAGCCCUAGGGCACAGCUAACCUACAUGAAUGAGUUAUCCAAAAGAGAACAUCUAGGCAGAAGAUAUCUGAUGUUCAAGCACCAGCAUCCUAGCAAAAGAGGCUGGAAUUAUGAGGUAGAUGUAUACGGUGAGAAACGCCAGCAUCCUGGAAAAAGGCACUGGAAUUUUGACCGCUCAGAUGACACAGGUCCCUGCAACUUUCAGGAGUCAUUCACUUGUCAUAAAGGCAGCUUGUUGCUUGAUUUAGUAGAAGAUGUUAGCAGAGACAGGGUAGAAGAAAAGCGUCAGCACCCAGGGAAGAGAUCAGCAUGGGAAAGUGAAACAGAGGAAUGAGAAAAUAAUUUUGUCUAGCACUUGCAUUUGGUGAAGUAAACUGCCAGAUCACCAAAACAUUCAGUUCACUCCUUUUUGGCUUCCUGCUGCUGACCUCUGCACCUACCUUUCAGUGUGUUAAUGUUCCCAUCCAAGUUAAUGGCUUUGUCAUACACUUAAAGCAAAGGAACUAAAGGACCCAUCUGAAUGGAACAGGCAAGUACAGAGAAUCUUAAAUUCCCCCACUUUAGGAAGAGUGCUUAUUUUCUUAGGAGUCCAGACCCAAAAAUAAUCCAACUAUGUGUUCCUAAAUUACUAAAACAGGCUCUUAAAUUUCUGUUCUGACGCUACUGAAGUAGAAUAAUUAUAUGGUUUCCUCUCACAUCAGUGAAAUCAGUAAAUAGUGAGGAAGAAAAAAGAACAUAUGCCAAUUGUUUCAAAAUUAAAUAGAGCAGGUUUUCAGUUCUAAAUGAUAACAUUCUGGACACUUGAGUCCUUGUACACUACAAUCUGCCCAGACAGUAAGCACUAUAAAGAGACAGGAACAGUUUCAACUGGAACAAAAUAAGUGAAUGACUUCAUAAUUUGUCUUGGAACUGGCACAGGAAAACCCUGCUCACCUAAAAGGCUAAAGAGUGCAAAUGGUUAAUGCAUCCCUGAACAUCUCAAGCACACUUUGUGUCCCCUCUGACUGUGUACAGCCCACACAAGAACUCCCACCCUGGUGUGUCCACAGUUCAGUCAUGCCACUUGAAAUCAUGCCUUCCCCUCAGAUAUGUAAUAAUAAAGCAAGAAGAGAUCCUUCCCUUCCAGUGAGGAUUUCUGAUUUCUCUCCUCUCAAAGGAAUGCUUUUACUUUCUGUGGUCAGACUUCCAAAAGUGUUUAUUUGAUAUGAAUUAUUCAAUAAACAAGAAUAGUCAACUCUUGUGUCCUUAUUGGUUGUGCAAACACACUGCAAUACUGUGAAAAACAUACAACCAACUCAAGCGAAAUAAAAUAACAUUAAAGGGUA